GGUUGAGUGGAGGGUGGCGCUGGGCCGACCUGGGCCGAGUGAGUGAGUGAGCAGCCGGUGGAUGUUGUGAGGCUACUCGUGCAAGGGAUUGGCGCUGCGGUUACAUUCGCGCUGUUUCAUUCACUCGCUGUCGGUUCCAGCUGUUGUGCUUUGUUGUUGACAGCGAACCGAUUAACGGUCAACAAGCGUUUUAAAUCGGUUCGAUACCUUGAGCGUCUGAUUUCAAAGUUCAUUGCUUAAACGUAUGGCAUAACGGAUGGUGACACAAUGAAUGGGGAGCCUGAUGCACUAGCUGUUGUAAACCAGCUACAAGAUUUAGCAGCUGACCCCUUAAACAGGCGAGCAAUUGUACAGGAUCAGGGAUGUCUACCUGGGUUGAUCCUCUUCCUAGAUCAUUCAAAUCCUCAAGUUGUGUAUUCUGCAUUAUUGGCUCUGCGAUACCUAGCAGAAUGUCGAUCCAACAGGGAGAAAAUGAGAAGUGAAUUAGGCAUGAUGUUGAGUUUACAAAAUGUAACCCAAAAGACAACAACACCUGGUGAAACUAAGAACUUAGCAAAUGAAGUCUAUGAAAUUUUACAGUCUUCAAGCAGCGAGGAAGACCACACAGAUUAUAACUCGCAUAGGCGCAAACCACAAUUUUUUCUGGGAAGUACUAACAAACGUGCAAAAACAGUUACCCUGCAAAUAGAUGGUUUGGAUGAUUCGUCACGGAGAAGCAUUUGUGAAGAAGCAUUGUUGAAAAUCAAAGGUGUUAUUAGUUUUACUUUCCAAAUGACUGUGAAAAGGUGUAUUGUGCGGAUCCGAUCUGAUCUAAAAGCAGAGGCAUUGACAUCUGCUAUUGCAGCAACCAAAAUUUUGAAAGCACAUCAAGUAGUCAAAAAUGAAAGUGGAGAGGAGAUGCUGGUUCCGUUCCAUGGUACACCUGUUGAAGUUGAGGAAAACACAGAUUUACCAGACUACUUGCCUGAAGAUGAGAGUCCAGCAAAAGAUAGCAACAAUGCUGUUUCUCGUGUGGGGAGUAACAAGGAAGUUGGGAGUGGCUGGUUCAGUACAGCAGCAAACUUUUUAUCGCGGUCAUUUUAUUGGUGACAUGUGGGACCGGCAUCAGAGUCGUUGCACAUAGGAUUGUGGAAACCGUUUUUCCAUUGUUGUGAUGAAUUGCCCAGUGCAAUUUAUACUAACACAAACACUGCAAUUUGUAGAGGCUUUAUGUAUAUUGCAUAUUCACCUAAACAAGAAGUUAAGCUACCGGCAAUAGAGAAGUUCCCUUCUGUCUUUGUCACUGAAGUACCUCGCAAUCAUGUUUUUAUUUUUCAACGGGUCCACAUCAGUACCAAAAUUACAUCAAAACUAAAGCUUGAACAACCAGAAUAUGGACAGAUUCUUCUGCAGCAUCCUACGUUGGGUUCCAUAUUCAAUUCUUACUUCUUGAAUACUGUACAGAAGACCUUUUUGUUAUGUGUUGUGCAUGAAUUUAUUUUGGAUGUUACACAAUUCAGUGAUAUUCACAAAUAGUUACAGUUUACCCAAGAUCUGAAGCGUUACAUACAUAUGCCUUACUUUUUGUUCAAAUUCUAAAGCCUUUAUAAUGUAUGCCUUUUCUAUUUGUUUUCUAUUUGAAUAAUGAAAUACAGCAUGCUCAUUGGUGCAUUUUGUCCUUGUAACUUAUUAAUUUUCAACCAUAUAUGUGCACUAAAGUCACACCCUGCUCAAUGUAACUGACAUGUUGCCUUUUAAUCUAGUUUUUCAACAUUUAAAGUAAUAUGUCUAAGCUCAUUAACUGCACAUUGUUGCAUUGUAAGAUAAAAAGAGAUCCAAUUGUAGUUUGCCAGAUAUAAACUAUAAUUUGAAUGUUUGAGGUGAAAGGUAUGUAUAGUGUUCAACAAAAGUCUUUGUUAUGACUUUAUUCAUGUAAUCAACACUUAAUUUGGCAGACCAUUAUUCAAUAAAUGCAUAUCAUUGUAAUAUGUUCUAUUGAACAUAUUGGACUAUGUCUACAAAUUUUAAAACUUUCUUCAUAAAAUGCCAAAUUUGCACUUUAA